UUAACAAUAAUGAGCUCAAAGACACUUUCUGCUGUGUUAGAGAAGCUAAUUCACAGCCUCGGUCUGAAUAACUUCCCUUGUGGAAACGGCUCAUGGAGAGAGACCAAAGACAGACCAGAAGGAUCAGUUACUUUUUCAACAGCUGAACUCCUGGAUCUGCUGAACUGCCCCCGCUCUCCUUGGUGGCAAAAUAAUGAGUGGAGCCCCCAAGCUUCUCCCCUAAGACAGCUGGCUGUGCUCACACCGGAGCAUCUGAACCCAAACUUCAUUUACAACUACUUCACUACACUUCGUAUUCUGGACAAGGGCGUAUCGGUCAUUGAUGAAGGUCUGUUGAAAUUCUCAAAGCUGGAGGAACUGGUGCUGAGUGCUAAUCUAAUUUCAGAAAUCAAUGGAGAGAACCUUCCCAGUACAAUAAAGACUUUGGAGCUACGUGCAAACCGACUGUCUUCUUUAAAAGGCCUCAUCAGCUGUCCACCUCCUCAGCUGCAAUACCUCACCCUGGCCUCAAACAGUCUGGGUUCUCAUCAAGAUGUGUUUCAUCUCACAGGAAAUUACUGGCCACAGCUAGUGUGUUUGGAUCUCAGUGAUUGUGACUUCCAGGACCAGCAGGCCUUGCUGAAUGCUUUAAGCACCCUCCCAUGCCUUAAGUCACUGUUGCUUGAGGGUAACCCCCUAACCCUUGCACCAGGAUAUCCAGGCUUCACUGUGGACAGUCUCCCACAGCUUGUUUGCCUAGACACUUCAUGGAUCUCCCCUGAGGAAAGAGAUAAUUUCAAGGGCUUAGCCAAGAUGAGUGAUGUGAUCAUAGACGUAGCAUCGGCCACAGUGACUGUGGGCAGGAUGAGGGGAAUACCAGACCCACUGAUGAGCAAGGAUGACAAGGCUUCUGACUUUCCAUUUGUCACCUACAGAUAUUUUAUCACAUACAAAUUCUUUGGUCAUCAUUCAGCUAAUGACAUGAAACUUGACAGUGAGUCCAAAUUUGACACAGAGUCUACAGCACAUGUGACAGAGGACGGCUCCAUUGACUCAGACCUACAGUCAGACAAAAAUGGUGAAAGAGAGACGUCUACACCGGACACUGGAGUCUUCAAUGCUGAUAAAAUCUGCUUUGAUACUGUAGGCUUGUCACAGCACUCCACAUCAAAACUACCAUGGUCGGAGUGCAUGGACUUCAGUGACACGCAAACAUAUGUUGUUAGUUCUCUGGGAGACUUCAGAAAAUUCCUCCAUCAAGGACUUUAUCUCAGGCUAGAGGAAGAAAAGGUCUUGUCAUGGCCAGCAGUCCCUAAAGAUGCCCCAGUGGCCAAACCCAGCCAAGCUGUAAAAGAGAAGAAAAGUGGAAAGGGGAAAGAACCUCAGGUAAAAUCUGCUUCAACCAAAGACAAGUCUAAAGACAAAAAGAGGAAAUCUGUACCAGAACUGAUCCAAGACGCCCCGAUCAGAAGAGUCAUUGGCUCUGCAUAUGUUCCACUACAAAGCCUGGUUAAAGGAGGUCAGAAGGUCAACGUCCUCUGUGACUUUGUUUUCCUGCACACAGACUCUGAGAUAGAAGCUUCACAAACAAUUGAAAAGGAUUUGGAAAAGAAAAUAAAGGAAGACAAGAAAAAGGAUGGCAAAGAACCAAAACAGCGAGGACGCAGUAGUCCAGCACAGAAGGAUCCAGCAACUUUAAAAGGCAAAGAAAAAGAAAGUAAGCAAAUGGAAGACAACUCUGUACCUUUCCAAGUGGAACCAGUGACUGUGGAGCUGAGUGUGGCACUGGAAAAAUGGCAGUCAGCAUCUGCAGCUCAUCUUUUUGUCCUACCACAGCAAAAUUCCUAGAACCUUGCAACAAAAUUCUGUUUACUUUAGAUGUCAGUUUCCAAG